CCCGCUCCGUCGACCGAAGUUGCCAAAAAAUUAAUAUUAUUAUCACGGACCAAAAUUGCUGAUCAUCCCUCUCUCUCUCUCCUGUUUCCCUCCUUCUCAACACCAUCGUCGACAUCCUCCCCCGCCCCUUCCUCGCCGUACAUCGCCGCUCACGAUGCAUCAUCCUUCCAACUCCAAACCACUCUACAAACCACCUCCUCAAAUCCCGCAACGACCACAACAGCAUCAUCGUCUGCCUCCAACAUCAACCACGAGCAAUCCGAGUGUUCUCACGUCGGGACCACAGAAUCCGAGAUUGAAUGAAUUGUUCGACUUGAUUCAGAAUGAGUUUGAAGCUACGGGACAGGAUGGAGCGAUGUGGAGAGCUCAGAGGGACGAAUACGAGCAAAAGAUGCAAGUCCAGAUCAACGAGCUAGGCUUGAUCAGGCAAAGUCUGUACGAGCUAGAGUCACAGCAUCAGAGAGUGAGGGAGCACUACGAGGCCGAGAUCGCACGUCUGAAGAGAGAACUCGAGGCGCGUGGCGGAUCUGCAGCUGCUAUCGCGGGACCAGGAUCACCAUCACGUCUAGGCGAAUCAGAUAGACCGUCUUACCCUCGACCUGAACUCCCAGGGAGUCUCGCGGGGGGUGGACCACCACCAUUGAACGGCGAGUCGGGUCGAUCACCUUAUCCUCCCCCUGCUGGAGCUGGAGCCGUCUCCACCGACAGGCGCGAACGACCGCAUCCCACCUCUCCACCUUCUCUCCUAUCAGAUCUCGAUCCGGAGAAUGUCUCUAGAGAGUUGAAAAAGGAGGGCAGUGAUUGGUUCGCGGUGUGGUCAAGUCAGAGCAAGAAGCAAUUGGAUGUCUCGUUGGUCCACACCCUGAGUCAUGAGACUGUUGUGUGCUGUGUCAAAUUUUCACAUGAUGGAAAGUACCUCGCUACGGGUUGCAACAGGACCGCUCAGAUCUACGACGUGAAGGAUGGACGCAAGGUCUCAGUCUUGUUGGACGAAACGAACAACCGAGCUGGCGAUCUGUAUAUCAGGAGUAUCUGUUUCAGUCCGGAUGGAAAGUAUUUGGCCACAGGGGCAGAGGACAGGCAGAUCAGGAUCUGGGACAUCAAACAGAAACGCAUUCGACACCUGCUCCAGGGACACAUGCAGGAGAUUUACUCGCUCGACUUUUCUCGUGAUGGCCGAUUCCUGGUUUCCGGGUCAGGGGACAAGUCGGCUCGUGUGUGGGAUAUUGAGAAGGGUCAAUGUGUGGUGGAUCUACGGAUCGAGGAUUUUAUCCACAACGAGCAUGGGCCGAUCGAUGCAGGGAUCACGUCGGUAGCAUUGUCGCCCGAUGGCAAGCUUGUCGCUGCUGGUUCACUCGACACAAUGGUCCGUGUAUGGAACGUCCAGACCGGACAGCAGGUGGAGAGACUCAAGGGACACAAAGAUUCCGUGUACAGCGUCGCGUUCUCACCUGACGGCAAGACAUUGGUUUCGGGAUCUCUGGACCGAACAUUACGCGUCUGGGAUCUCACCCAGACCAAGCGUGCGGUGGAGAAUGCUCCCCCUGGAUCAAAAGACGUGGACAAGGGUCUCGGCGUGUGUCAGUCGACACUGAACGGACACAAGGAUUACGUCCUCUCCGUCGCUGUCUCGCCUGAUGGUCAGUGGGUCGUCUCUGGAUCCAAGGAUCGAUCAAUCCAGUUUUGGAGCGUGGCAUCUGGUCAGGCUCAAUUCAUGCUUCAGGGUCACAAGAACAGUGUCAUCUCCAUCGACUUGGCCAAGACGGGUAAUCAUCUCGCCAGUGGAAGUGGAGACUGCAUGGCUAGGAUCUGGAAGUAUGAGCCUCUGGAUGGGGGUCGAUGAUUGGGCGUAUGUUCAUCUGUGCGGAAUGGGCUGCGGGCGUGAGUGAAUCUCAUGGCACACGCUCAGGAGACGGGGGGGAUUUAGAGGUUUGCUUUUCUGCCGGUGUGGUCAAAAAAAGCCGACGACCAAGGGGGUGUAAUCUGUAAUUAGAGCAGCAGAUUCUCGGGUAGAAGAGACUCCAGUUCUUUCGAACGACGUAUAUAGUGCGCCAGACAGUACAUGACAUGUAAGAGGAGGAGUCAAGAGGAGGUAUGGGAGGGUGCGUCAUGUUUCGCCAGAAGGUCCAUCAGCCAAUUAAUCCUCUAACUAUCCGGUGGAACCUCAUAGCCGAUCGCCUAAAACUGAAAUGCUUCUUCCUUUCUACC